AUGCCUCCACGUCGCCGUCCCAAGCCAUCUCUCUGGGCCCGUUUUCGAACGUGGUUUCGCUACGCAGAAUCACCCCUCCGACUACGUAGUAGUCUCGUUCGACUUAACCAUCAACACAAGUACCCCUUGCUCGCCCUCCUGCGCAUGUCCAUCCCCUAUCCGUGGUGGUUCUUUCCAAUCCCCGGACCGUUUUCUCUCCGCGCGCUUAUCGAAGAUGCGAAGAAUGAGACGGGCAUCAUCACGUCUCAUUUUGGUGAGAUCCAUAAUCUCCGCGCGGUUCCUAUCUGGCGCAUGCGCGACACGCCUCUGCGCUCGAUUUACCGACUGUAUGAGCUCCAUCUCGCCGAUCAUUAUGAGCUGAUGGGAUGGGAGACGGAAUAUUUCUUCUAUCGGCGAGGCUGGACGCUACGAGAUAUAGCUGACCCGAGAGAUCCUGAUCCGCUUCGUUAUGCGAUUAUCGCUUCCAUUGUUGAUGAAUUGCACGAGGCAGUCAAUUGGCGAUUGAGUCUGGGGAUGCGGAGAAAUCGAGCGCAUGUUUAUCGCGAAGAAGAUGGAGACCCGUGGCCGCCUUUUACCCCAGAGGAACUGCCUGGCUGGACAGAAAAUGUGGCACCUAUUGAUAAGGAUUUACUAAUGCUAUCAGUGCCGCCAGAAUCACUGGAUGCAGAGGGGAAUUUGGUGCUUGAAGCUAAUGGUAAAAGUCACAAUUUUGCCAAGCGCAAUAUAAUCACAAACACAGGCUGGCUCUAUACUAUAUGA